AUGCUUUCUUAUCUUUUUUCUCUUUCUAUAAGCUUCUCAUUCACAACACAACAGACUACCCUUUAUAUAACAGGAAGCGGAACAUUAUCAGCUUCAACAGUUACUCAAAAUUGUGAUAUGACUACAGUAACAGUGAUUUAUUUAGGCGAAGGAUGCACUGCACUUUCAUCAAGUGCAUUCUAUAAUUUUGCUUCAUUGACUGAUUUAUAUUUACCAUCAACAUUACAAACAAUAACAGGAGGAGAUACGAGAUAUUGUUUUAAUUUAGCAAAUAUUUAUCUCACAUCAGGGAGUAGCUACCUGGAACUUGAUAGUUAUGGAGCACUUUACACAAAAGGAAAGGGAAAGUUAAUUAGAUGCCCUCCAAAGAAAACAGCAUUUACAUUUUCAUCAGAAACUACAAUUAUUGGAGAACAAGCAUUCCAAGGUUGUAGAAAAAUUUCAACUCUAUAUAUUUCAAAAAAUAUUACAACAAUUAAUGGAGGUUUCAUUUACGAUUCUUCUUUUUCUAAGAUUUAUAUUGAAUCAGGAUCUCAUUUAACUACAUUAACAUCAUGGUCUUAUGCAACAUCUCUUUCUUACAUAUUUAUUACAAAAGAUAUUACAUCAAUUGGAUCAAGCUGUUUUUCAUAUGAUUAUUCAUUGAAAACAUUAGAUUUUGAAACAGGAAGUGCAUUGAAAUCUAUCGGAAGCAGUGCCUUUUAUAGAUGUGGUUUUUCGAGUUUCACAUUUUCCCCAAAUUGUACAACAAUAAGUUCUUCAAUAUUUAAUAUUGUUAAUAACUUAAAAUAUGUUUAUAUUCCUGCAUCUUUAACAAGUAUUGAUACUCAAGCAUUUACUGGAGCAGUAAAUAUCCAAACAAUUGAAAUUGAUCAUGAUAAUCCAGUUUAUACAGUUAUUGCGCCAGCAACAUUGAUGCUAAAGAGCGGUACAAACUUUAUCUACAUUCCUCCAUCAACAACAGAGAUUACUAUUCCUGCAUCAAUCACAGACUUUGGUUUAACAUUAUUCCAAUCAUGCACUCAAUUAACUUCAAUUGAUGUUAAUUCAUCAAAUACAAAAUUCUCUGCUGAUGGAGGAAUUGUAUAUGACAAAGCCUACACAAAGGCAAUUGCGUGCAUCGGUGGAAUAACAAGUGCGACAUUGAGAUCCGAGUGCACUGCUGUUGGUGAUUAUUGUUUUUAUCAAUGCACAACUCUUCAAAAUGUAACACUAAAUGAAGGUUUAUUAUCUUUAGGAGGCAGUGCAUUUUAUGGAACAAAAUUUACAAAUAUUAGUAUACCAUCGACAGUUACAACAAUAUACUCAUAUUGCUUUUAUUUAUCAUCAAUAAAUUAUGUUACAAUUAAUGGUAAUGGUCCUAAAGAGUUACAAGCAUAUUGUUUUAAUUCUUGUCAGAUUGUUGAAAUUCAUUUAGGUUCUAAUUUUGCAACAUUAGGUGGACUAGUUUUUUCAUCGAGUCCAAUAGUUACAGUUACAUUUGAUCCAGAUUGUCCAUUAUCAACAUUACAAUCACAAGCAUUUAUAAGCUGCUCAAAAUUGAAGAAUCUUCAAAUAUCUAAGAAUGUUUUGACAUUGGGAGAAAGAUCAUUCUAUGGAGAUUCUGCCUUGACAAACUUUUCCAUUGCAGAAGGAUCUAAGUUAUAUUAUAUAGAAACUUUAUCAUUUUAUGGUUGUGGAAUGCUAUCUAUCACAUUUCCAUCAACAAUUUCAUAUCUUGGAGCAAAUUGCCUUGCAUAUUGUACGAAUUUGGCAUCCGUCACAUUUACAAGUGGAUCUGCUUUAACUACAUUAGGUGGUGGUGUGUUUAGAUCAUGCACAUCAUUGAAAAAUAUAACAAUUCCUGCUUCUGUAACUACAUUUGAUGCAUCUGCUUUCUCAUAUUGCUCAAGUCUAACUGACAUAAAUGUAGAAACUGCAAACCAGAAUUAUAUGAGCUAUGAAGGAAUUGUUUACACAAUUGACAAGCAAAGAUUAGUAUGUUGUCCUGGAGGAAAGACAUAUGCGCUUGUUUUCAAUUACAUAUUAGUCAUUGGAUCAAAUGCAUUUUACGGAUGUACAAAACUUCAGAAUUUGACAUUCGAAGAUGGAUGCCAGCUCCAAACAAUAGAAGAUGGCACAUUCUACUCAUGUACUGCUCUUGUGAGAGUUGAUCUCCCAACAUCACUCCAGACUGUUGAGCAGAAUGCUUUUGCAGGAUGCACACUCCUGUCUGUUAUUACAUUCCCUGAUUACGCACUUGCAAACUUGAAUGCAGACUCGAUAUUUGCAGAUUGUUCUUCACUAACAACUUUCACAUUCGGAAAGUAUUGUGCUUUAACAGUUUUUGGAUCAAACAUAUUCUCUAAUUGCGUGAAACUUUCAACUAUUAUCAUUCCAGCAAACUGCACAACUAUCGGUGAUGGUGCAUUCUCGAACUGUGUAUCACUAUCGAAUAUAACAUUCGAGUCAAACUCUCACAUGAGAUCUCUGAGCUCAACUGCAUUCUCUGGAUGCUCUUCUCUCUUAAAUUAUACAAUACCUGACUCAUAUGAUGAAAUAAAUUCAUCUUGUUUCGGAGGUUCAAAAUAUAUCACGACAGUCAACAUUAAAAGUAAUUUAACAAUCAAGAAAAUUGCAUCGAAAGCAUUUUCAUCAUUUCCACUAGCGUCUAUUAAUUUUGGAUCAGGGACAACAGUAUCCUUCAUCGAUGAUAGUGCAUUCAUUAAUAGUCAGAUUGCUAAGUUCGAAAUGGACUCACCUAUGACAAUAUCAAGUAAUGCUUUCAAUGGUUGCACCAAACUUAGUUCCAUUUCUGUCCUUGGCACAAUCUCUAUUGGAUAA